AUGCCGGAGGAGUAUAUCUCAGAUCACGGCUUUGCUAUAAAAGUCGCUUUCAAAAUAAAGGCCACAGCUCACCAGGGCCCAGGAAUCUGGAGGUUGCACGCAGCAACCAUCGGUAGGCCAGGGGUUCGGAAAACGGUAGAGGCCGCUCUGGCCAAGGCAGAGGCGAGCGGCGGGGAUGAUUUCGAGUUAUUGCUGGGCAGACUUAAUGCGGGCCUGCGGUCAUACAUGAAAGAGGAGAGGAAGCGGAUUAGUAAGACCACGGCGCAGCUAGCGGACGUGGUGGCAGAGUUACGGCAAGAACAGAUGCGGAACCCUGGCUGCCAGCGCACACGGGAUCUACUGCUGCUGCACGACGACGACCAGGUGCUGCUGCCGGGGAAGAAGCUGAGCUCUGACGCGGUGGCGGCACUGGAGGCUGACUGGUCGGAGCAGGAGGUGAAGCAAGCUUUCAAAGCUUUGGCUAAUAAUAAAUCGCCAGGGAGAGACGGUCUUCCGAAGGAGCUUUUUGAGCAGAACUGGGAUGUCUUGGGGAGAGAUUUCAUGAAGUUGGCUCGAAGCUUCUCGGAUACGGCCUUGCUCCCUGCCAGCAUCAAAGAAGCGGUCACCAUUUUGCUUCAUAAAAAGGGAGACAAGGACAAUCUGGACAAUUACCGCCCAAUCACCCUGCUCAACUUCACUUACAAGAUCCUGGCGAGAGUGGUUGCGGAUAGGAUGAAGCAGUGGCUCCACCUAGUGAUAUCGGAGGAGCAGUACGGGUUUAUACCCGGGAGGAGAAUGUCUGAUGCGAUUGGGAUAGUGGCGGACGCUGUCGAAGUAGCAAAAAAAGGCGACGAAGAUUGGUACAUGCUCCUGGUGGAUUUCCGCAAAGCGUUCGAUUCGGUGUCUCGGCGCUACCUUUUCUCGGUCCUGAGAGAUAUGGGUUUCCCGGAAAGGUUCGUAGGCUGGGUGGAGGGCCUGCACAAAGACACAACGACAAGGCUGUUAGUCAACGGCUGGCUGGGGGAGGCGGUGGCUGUAAGGUCAGGAGUGAGGCAGGGUUGCCCGCUUGCCCCCUACCUUUUUCUUUGUGCGGUGGAGCCACUAGCACAGGAGGCGUGUAGGCGGAAACUGGGCCUCUGCAACAAAGCUGAGCAACGGUUAGUCUACCUGGGCUAUGCGGAUGACACGACGUUGUUUUUGGAAGGGAAGCGGCAAAUUGCCAGGGCGGAGAAACUUCUGGAACAGUUCGCUGAGAUUAGUGAACCAACCUGGGUGAAAGCUUUCGAAAAAAUAACGGUGGAGCUGAUCAAGUGGAAAGCGCUCUUCCUUACAAUCGCAGCAAGGGUGGUGAUUAUUAACUGCUACAUCACGCCCAAGGUCGCUUACCAGGCGCAUGUUUACCCACCACCGGAAGGAAUUUGGAAGAAGCUGAUGAAGUUGUUUCAUAACUUCCUGUCUGGAAAUAAUGCGUCGGCGGACGGAGGCUUUGUGCUGUGGAGCUGGGAUCUCCUCUCCACACCGCGAGCAGAUGGGGGGCUUGGUGUACUGGAUCCGGAGGUCCUCAUGGCCUGCCUCGCGGCUAGGAGGAUAGCUGGGCUUCUGACGGAGGGUAACGGCAAGAAAAAAGAAAUCAUGCUCAAAGCGGCGGGGCUCCCGAUGGGUGAGGAUACUUUCAUGGCGCACGAAAAGGUGUUAAAGCACUGGCCGGGUGAUGGAGAACGCUGGAAGCAGACGUGCGAAGUCUUCCUGAAAUCGCCUCUUGCGGAUACAGGGAAAGUUUGUAGCAAAGAGGAGGUGGCGCAGGAGAGAAUUAUUUUUAACAGGAACGUGUUGCUGAACGGUACAAACCCAGUGGAGGGGCAGAAGGAGGCGAAGGGGCUAUGGGAUACAUGCAUGGGGGACUUGGUAACCAAGACGCCUACAGGCGAAGCUGUGAUCAAGGACAUGGACGCCCUAGAGAAGGAGCUGAGGAGCAAGGACUCGGCUCGGCUGGCUCUCAAAGCUUUCGCAGCAGCUCCUGAGGAGUGGAAGUCCCUGCUGAUUCCCAACGGCAUUGCUGGAGGGGAAGGGGAGAUAGAAGGUGGCACAGCGGCAGCCAGGGGGAGGAGCUGCAGUGCCUCGGCCUCAAUCUUCCGUUAUCUCGGGGCUCCGUCGUGCCUUGCGCAUGCUCAAUCCUGA